AUGUCCAUAAGCACAUAUGAUUUUUUAUUAAGUAAGGUUAAUAGGAGGCUUACGAAAAUUACGACAAAUUAUCGAUCUCCUAUAUCAGCAGAAGAAAGACUGGUAGUAACAUUAAGAUCGUUAGCAUUUGCUUUUCGAAUGGGAAAAUCUACAAUAAGCAACAUAGUUUUCGAAACCUGCCAAAUUAUUUGGGAAGAACUAGUGGAAGAAUUUAUGCCAAUUCCAACUGAGAACUGUUUAAAGAAAGUUAUAGCUGACUACUUUAAUCGAUGGAAAUUUCCAAAUUGUUUCGGUUCGAUAGAUGGAAAACACUGUCAAAUAAGAUGCCCACCAAAUUCUGGAUCUCAUUAUUUUAAUUAUCUACACUAUUUCUCUGUCAUGCUACAAGCUGUAGCAGGUGCGGACAAAAAAUUUUUAACCAUUGAAGUUGGAGGCCGUGGUGACGAAGCGUACCCUCUAAAAUCAUAUUUAAUGAGGCCUUAUCCGAGACGCGGACUUAAUCCCAAAAAAGAAUACUUUAACAAAUGCCUCUCCACUGCUAGAAAAUGUAUCGAGUGUGCUUUUGGAAUACUGUGUGCCAAAUGGCGUUUUUUAAAUAAAGACAUAGAAACACUGCCUGACAAAGCUUGCAUACUUAUUAAGUGUGCUUGCAUCCUGCAUAAUUUAGUAAGAGACAAAGAUGGCGACAGUGAUCUCCACUAUCGUCACAUAUCGGAGCAAUAUCAGGAAAAUAAUCAACCUGCCUUUAAUGGAAGAAGGAAUAAUCGAGGGAGUUCAAGAGCAAUUGAAAUUCGAGAACAACUUGCUGACUACUUAUUCCACUUGCCAACUUAA